AAAUGAUGUGAUGUAACUCAAGUGUUAUACUUGAAGAAAUACUUAGUUGAUAAAUUUUAUAAAUAAUUUUAGACAUAACACAGUUUCGCAUUAAAAUCGAACUGAAUAUGAAGCAAAUCUUAAGCUAUUUACUUAUUGUAGCAAUUACACAGUCUGCGAUAGCAGACAUCCACGUAGAGCCGUUACCAAAUGGAUUAAAUGGAACUGGGACUACAACAAGAUACUGGGACUGCUGUAAACCUUCUUGUGCUUGGGAUGGUAAUUUAAAUGAGACUUACGCUACAGUGCCGGUAAGAUCUUGCUCUGCUGAUGGCGAUACUACGAUUGGUGACAAUGAAAUGUCGGGUUGUGCAGAGAAUGGCACUGCUUUUAUGUGCAAUGAUCAACAGCCUUUAGAAUUAAAUGAAACGGUCACUUUAGGAUUUGUUGCAGCCUCCUUUACUGCCGGUGCAGACGUCUCCAAAUGUUGCACAUGUCUUGUAUUAUCGUUUAAAGACCAAAUUGUCGGGAAGCAAAUGAUAGUCCAAGUCACAAACACUGGAAGCGACUUAAACAAAAAUCACUUCGAUAUUGCAAUGCCCGGUGGUGGUGUUGGGAUUUUUAACGGGUGCUCCAGCCAAUGGAACUCCCCAGUUGACGGAUGGGGCGACCGAUAUGGAGGUGUUCACAGUAUCGAGGAGUGUGCUAACCUUCCUUCCCAACUUCAACCUGGUUGUAAAUGGAGGUUCCAGUGGUUUGGAGGAGCAGACAAUCCAGCUGUGGACUUUUAUGAAAUUAAAUGCCCCAAGGAGCUCAUCAAAAUAAGCAACUGUCAGUAAUUUAUCUAUAAAUUAUUAACUUAAUAUAUUCCAGUAUAUGUAUAUAGAUUAGUAUGUAAUAUAUUAUUGAUGGUCGUAGACAA